GGGCGGGGGACCCGCGGCGCACGCAGUCGGGAUAUUCUGCUGCAGCCGUGAAGCCGGGGGCCAGGAGCCGGAGCAGGAGCGGCAGCCGGGAUCGCAGCCCGCCGGGCCCUCUGCAGUCAUGGGCAACCGCGGCAUGGAGGACCUCAUCCCUCUGGUCAAUCGGCUACAGGACGCCUUCUCCGCCAUCGGCCAGAACGCGGACCUCGACCUGCCGCAGAUCGCUGUGGUGGGCGGUCAGAGCGCCGGCAAGAGCUCGGUGCUGGAGAAUUUCGUGGGCAGGGACUUCUUGCCCCGAGGAUCUGGCAUUGUCACACGACGUCCCCUGGUCCUGCAGCUGGUUAAUUCUACCACAGAAUAUGCCGAGUUCUUGCACUGCAAGGGGAAGAAAUUCACCGACUUCGAGGAGGUGCGCCUGGAGAUCGAGGCUGAGACUGACCGGGUCACGGGCACCAACAAAGGCAUUUCGCCGGUACCCAUAAACCUGCGGGUCUACUCGCCCCACGUGCUGAACCUGACCCUAGUGGAUCUGCCUGGAAUGACCAAGGUUCCGGUGGGGGACCAACCUCCCGACAUCGAGUUUCAGAUCCGGGACAUGCUUAUGCAGUUCGUCACUAAGGAGAACUGCCUUAUCCUGGCUGUGUCCCCUGCCAACUCGGACCUGGCCAACUCGGAUGCCCUCAAGAUCGCCAAGGAGGUGGACCCCCAGGGUCAGCGCACCAUUGGGGUCAUCACCAAGCUGGACCUGAUGGAUGAGGGCACCGAUGCUCGGGAUGUGCUGGAAAACAAGCUGCUCCCUCUGCGCAGAGGCUACAUCGGAGUGGUGAACCGCAGCCAGAAGGACAUAGACGGCAAGAAGGACAUCACAGCUGCCUUGGCUGCCGAGCGCAAAUUCUUUCUUUCUCACCCAUCCUACCGCCACUUGGCUGACCGCAUGGGUACGCCCUACCUGCAGAAAGUCCUCAACCAGCAACUGACCAACCACAUCCGGGACACACUGCCGGGGCUUCGGAACAAACUGCAGAGCCAGCUGCUGUCCAUUGAGAAGGAGGUGGACGAGUACAAGAACUUCCGACCGGACGACCCAGCGCGCAAGACCAAAGCCUUGCUGCAGAUGGUCCAGCAGUUUGCAGUUGACUUCGAGAAGCGCAUCGAAGGUUCUGGAGACCAGAUCGACACUUACGAACUGUCCGGUGGAGCCCGCAUUAACAGGAUCUUCCAUGAACGCUUUCCCUUUGAGCUGGUUAAGAUGGAGUUUGAUGAGAAGGAACUCCGAAGAGAGAUCAGCUAUGCCAUUAAGAACAUUCAUGGCAUCAGGACGGGCCUCUUCACACCUGACCUCGCUUUUGAAGCCACAGUGAAAAAGCAGGUGCAGAAGCUUAAAGAGCCCAGUAUCAAGUGUGUGGACAUGGUAGUCAGUGAACUCACGUCCACCAUCAGAAAGUGUAGCGAAAAGCUCCAGCAAUACCCGCGUCUUCGGGAGGAGAUGGAGCGUAUAGUGACCACCCACAUCCGGGAACGCGAGGGCCGCACCAAGGAACAGGUCAUGCUUCUCAUCGACAUCGAGCUGGCUUACAUGAACACCAACCAUGAGGACUUCAUAGGCUUUGCCAAUGCUCAGCAGAGGAGCAACCAGAUGAGCAAGAAGAAGACUUCAGGGAACCAGGAUGAGAUUCUGGUCAUCCGGAAGGGGUGGCUGACCAUCAACAACAUUGGCAUUAUGAAAGGAGGCUCCAAGGAGUACUGGUUCGUGCUGACUGCUGAGAACCUGUCCUGGUACAAGGAUGACGAGGAGAAAGAGAAGAAGUACAUGCUAUCUGUGGACAAUCUGAAGCUUCGUGAUGUGGAGAAAGGCUUCAUGUCAAGCAAGCAUAUUUUUGCCCUCUUCAAUACAGAGCAGAGGAAUGUCUACAAGGAUUACCGGCAGCUGGAGCUGGCCUGUGAGACGCAGGAGGAGGUGGACAGCUGGAAGGCUUCCUUCCUGAGGGCUGGCGUGUACCCUGAGCGUGUUGGGGACAAGGAGAAAGCCAGUGAGACCGAGGAGAACGGCUCUGAUAGCUUCAUGCACUCCAUGGACCCUCAGCUGGAGCGGCAGGUGGAGACCAUUCGGAACCUGGUGGAUUCGUACAUGGCCAUCGUUAACAAGACUGUGCGGGACCUUAUGCCCAAGACCAUCAUGCACCUCAUGAUCAACAAUACCAAGGAGUUUAUCUUCUCCGAGCUGCUGGCCAACCUGUACUCUUGCGGAGACCAGAACACACUCAUGGAAGAAUCGGCCGAGCAGGCUCAGCGGCGCGACGAGAUGCUGCGCAUGUACCACGCACUGAAGGAGGCGCUUAGCAUUAUCGGCGACAUCAACACGACCACAGUCAGCACGCCCAUGCCCCCGCCCGUGGACGACUCCUGGCUGCAGGUGCAGAGCGUACCGGCCGGACGCAGAUCGCCCACGUCCAGCCCCACGCCGCAGCGCCGAGCCCCCGCCGUUCCCCCAGCCCGGCCCGGGUCGCGGGGCCCUGCUCCUGGGCCUCCGCCUGCUGGAUCCGCCCUGGGGGGGGCGCCCCCCGUGCCCUCCAGGCCGGGGGCUUCCCCUGAUCCCUUCGGCCCCCCUCCCCAGGUGCCCUCGCGCCCCAACCGCGCCCCGCCUGGGGUUCCCAGGAAGGGCCCAGCCUCACCUACGCGACCUGCAGCCCCCAGACCAGCGGAGGCUCCCCUCUUAGACUUAUAAGUCUUUGGCCACAGGCAUCGGCUGCUUGCCUCCCAGCCUCCCCAGGGUCCCCUCAGAGGACUCCUGGGCUUUCUGACCACCUGAGGGGCCUCCAGGGCUCCCUCCAGUCAUCCCCUUUAGCUUUGCUCUCCUGGUUCAAGCACUUCUGGCCUCAUGGCUGUUACAUGGGACUCCCUGAGGCUUGGGGUGGCCCAGGGCCAGUGGGAUGGGAGAAAGAGUGACCAGAGAAGAGGGAGACCCUAUGGACACAUUGCCUGGGUGGUGUGUGAGAGGCCGUGUGCGUGGCAAGAGAGGGCCACCAGCCUCCACCCAGACUACCUGCUAGUUAUGGCCCAGCACCUCCCAUCUUGCCUUUUUCAUUCAUCAACUGUCUGCCUCUUUUCUGGGAACUUUGCCCACAUCCACACCUGCCUCAUCCCCUCUGCCUCUGCUGGGGGUGGCUGCUCUUGCCUUACCAGCUCUCCUUCCUUUUCUUUCUCCGGUUCUCUCUUUGCUUUCUC